UUGUCACUUCAGCUAGGAGAUCUGCCGAAUCUUGAUCCAGAGAACAAAUUCAUUGUGUCCACAAGAAUCAGAUGUGGACGGUCUUUGGCAGGAUAUCCGUUCAAUCCAUGCUUGACCGAGGUCAACUAUAAGAACAUGGAAAAGAGAAUGCAGGACAUCUUCACAUCAAUUAAAGACGAUGAAUUGAAAGGAACUUAUUACCCGCUCACUGGUAUGGACGAGGAAACAAAGAAAAAACUGAUCGCCGAUCAUUUCCUGUUCAAGGAAGGUGAUCGCUUCCUCCAGGCUGCUAAUGCAAAUCGGUUUGUUUCGACUCGAAGAGUAUCAUAG